GCAACUGCAACUACUUAAGUUUGCAUUGAAGCUUAAGAAAACCCAACCAUUCAGCCAUAUCUGUCGGCAAGCUAACCACAUCUGACACAAACAAGGAGAAGAAAAGGAAGAUAAAGACUUGGCAGACGAGAGAGAGAGAGAGAGAGAGAGAGAGAGAGUGUGUGGAGUAUUAUACAGAGAGUUAUAGAGAGAGAGGGCCAUAAACUCUCUGGGUGAGAGAGAGGAAGAGAGAAUUCAGCCUCGAGUCAAGCUUAGUAGUACUGGUGGUGGUAGAUUUUUGGGGUCCAAUGUUGGUCCAAGAGCGUUCAACGCCGAAAUCACCAAAAUCCCAGAUCAGAACCCUGCCCACUCUCCACCCCAACCGCUUCUCGGAGGCCAAGAGCCUCGAUUUCUCCACAUGGGUCGCCGAGAAUCUCUACAAGAUCUUCACUGUCGCGCUCCUCAUCGCUACCGUCGCCGCUCUCUUCUUCCUCCGCAAUGUUGGUGACACUGCCGCCCUCCUUUGCUUCGAAACCCAGUCCAAGAACCUCGAGAAGUUGGAGUUCCCGCAAAUUAACUGGAAUUCGAUCGCGCCUAUCACCGACAAGUUCUCGCCCUACGCGAAUUUCAGAACCAAUCAGUGGAUCGUUGUCUCGGUCUCCGAAUAUCCCACCGAUUCGCUCCGUAACCUCGUCAAGAUCAGAGGCUGGCAAGUUCUCGCAAUCGGGAACUCCAAAACGCCGUCGGAUUGGAGCCUGAAAGGUGCGAUUUUCUUGUCUUUGGAACAGCAAGCUAGUUUGGGUUUUCGUGUUGUGGAUUUUCUUCCUUACGAUUCGUAUGUAAGGAAGACUGUUGGGUAUUUGUUUGCGAUUCAACACGGUGCGAGCAAGAUCUUUGACGCUGAUGAUCGCGGGGAUGUAAUUGAUGGGGAUUUAGGUAAGCAUUUUGAUGUAGAAUUGGUCGGGGAGGGUGCCAGGCAAGAGGCUAUAUUGCAGUAUAGCCACGAUAACCCAAAUCGGACCAUUGUGAACCCGUAUAUCCAUUUCGGGCAGCGAUCGGUUUGGCCCAGAGGGUUACCACUGGAGAAUGUGGGCGAGAUUGGGCAUGAAGAGUAUUACACGGAAGUAUAUGGCGGAAAGCAGUUCAUUCAACAGGGGAUUUCGAAUGGGCUGCCUGAUGUUGAUUCUGUAUUUUAUUUUACUAGGAAAUCGGGUUUGGAAGCAUUUGAUAUUAGGUUCGACGAGCAUGCCCCAAAGGUGGCGCUGCCGCAGGGAAUAAUGGUCCCCGUGAAUUCUUUUAAUACAAUCUACCAUUCUGCAGCAUUUUGGGGGUUGAUGCUUCCUGUUUCCGUUAGCACGAUGGCUUCCGAUGUUUUGAGAGGAUAUUGACAAAGGCUUUUGUGGGAAGUUGGUGGUCAUGUUGUUGUUUACCCGCCUACAGUUCAUCGGUAUGAUAGGAUUGAGGCAUACCCAUUUUCGGAAGAAAAGGAUCUUCAUGUGAACGUAGGUCGUCUAGUUAAGUUUUUGGCUUCCUGGAGAUCAAGCAAGCACAGACUGUUUGAAAAGAUUUUGGAAUUAAGUUUUGCAAUGGCAGAGGAGGGGUUUUGGACUGAGAAGGAUGUGAAGUUUACCGCUGCUUGGCUUCAAGACUUGCUUUCAGUUAGUUAUCAGCAGCCAAGGCUAAUGUCAUUGGAAUUGGAUAGGCCACGAGCAAGUAUUGGUCAUGGGGAUAGGAAAGAAUUUAUCCCACAAAAGCUGCCAUCUGUUCAUCUGGGGGUCGAGGAAACAGGGUCAGUGAAUUAUGAGAUCGCAAAUUUGAUUCGGUGGAGGAAGAAUUUCGGGAACGUUGUCCUUAUUAUGUUCUGCAAUGGGCCUGUGGAACGUACUGCUCUUGAGUGGAGAUUGCUUUAUGGGCGAGUAUUCAAAACAGUGAUUAUCUUGUCAGGUUGGAAGAACCCCGAUCUUGCUGUUGAGGAAGGCCAAUUGGAGCGGCUAUACAAGCACCUUCCUAAGAUCUUUAAUAGAUAUAAUAGUGCAGAAGGAUUUUUAUUCCUUCAGGAUGAUACCAUUCUCAAUUACUGGAAUCUCCUACAGGCAGACAGGACUAAACUGUGGAUCACGAAUGAGGUCUCCAAGUCUUGGACUACUCUGUCAACUAAAGACAACUCGGAAUGGUAUUCAAAACAAGCAGAUAUGGUAAACAAGGUUGUCAGCACCAUGCCAGUUCACUUCCAGGUCAGUUAUAAGGACAGUGUAACUGAGGGACAAAGCAUCACAAUAUGCAGUUCUGAGGUAUUCUACGUUCCUCGGCGCUUUGUCGCUGACUUUGUCGAUCUGGUUAAUCUAGUGGGCCGUCUAGAAAUCCAUCAAAAGGUUGCAAUACCCAUGUUCUUUGUAUCGAUGGAUUCCCCGCAGAAUUUUGACCCAGUGCUCAGUACAAUGAUGUACCAGCAAAAACCACCUACAAAUAAUUCUUCAAACCUAUAUUCAGCUCAAGUACCUGCUGUGCACCCAUGGAAUGUGUCAAGCGAACAAGAUUUCAUAAAGCUGAUCAGAAUAAUGGCAGAAGGCGACCCUCUCCUGAUGGAGUUAGUCUGAAUAUAAUUUGAUACUAGAAAUAACCGCAGGAGAGAGGAAGCAAAGAAACGUCCACUUUUGUUAGCAGUUACACCAAACUGUACGUCUUUUUUUGUCUUUUAUUUUUUGGUUGAGGGGAGUGUACUUCUUUUCUUUUAUUUUCCUUUUUUUUUUUCUCCAUUUUUGUAGGUUUACCUUGUACAAUUCAUUCUUGAUUGGAGGUUCCCUCCCCACAAAAAUGUAAUCUGCUCAUGAAUAUAUGAAAAAAGAAUUGUAUUCAACAGGGACAA